UGACGCAUUUGCCAGCUGCGCUUUUGGGAUCAAAUGCGAUUCUUUGGAAGAUAGAGAUAAUUUGUUCUACGUUUCAACUAGAAAAGCUUUAAAUUUCUCGGGUAUUCGUCAAUCAAUUUUCAUCUUAUUCAACACUUUCGAGGUGUUAUUGAAGAAAAUAUUAAAAUGCGCGAGGAGAAGAAGAUAAUGCGACCCGAUAUGAUUAAUAUACUGUUGGAAUCUAGGAAUGGAAAAUUAUGUGAGGAGAGUAAUAACGAAUUGGUUGAUUCGUUUACUUCAACAAACAAAUAUAGUUUGAGUAUGAAAACUAACAAUGUUGAGUUGACCAACGAAACUAUAACAGCUCAAGUUUUGAUCUUUUUAUUUGCUGGAUCUGACACGACGUCAUACGCAAUGAGUUUUUUGUCGUUUGAAUUAGCAAUGAACAAUAAUAUUCAGGAUAAACUUAGGGAGGAAAUUAACGCAACUUGGAAGGAAUGUAAAGGAAAUUUAACUUAUAAAACUUUAAUUAGUAUGACGUAUAUGGAUAUGGUUAUUAGUGAAGUUCUAAGGAAAUGGCCCCUUUUCCAUUUUUGGACAGAAGAUGCAACAAGGAUUAUACAAUUCAAGCUACAAAACCAAUAUUUUGGCAAAUAAAACCAUGCUUUUCCAUUUAAUAAAACAUUUUCAAAUUGUCCCAACAGAAAAAACUUCAAUACCCAUUGUCAUUAGCAAGAAUCAAUUAAAUGUUUCGUCGAAUCGCGGAUUUUGGUUUGGUUUAAAAAGAUUAUCAUCUCAGCCUUAGUAUUGUAUAGUAUCUUCAAUAUUUAACAGU